CUGCAAAUAACAACCGCAUCUGGACUAUAAAUAGGGCAUCCGAUGAACUGAUUUGAGUCACCAUUUCUACCAGCACUGCCACACAUAGCAACCCACGAAUAUGGAUUUGUUUCUGCUACUCGUCUCAUUGAUUUUGAUUGUCGGAGGACAAGGUAACCAGCAUGCUAGUUCUGCCGAUGCGGCCAAGAUGACGCUGACAAACAUGCAGACACAGACGGCAUAUUGGGAGGCCGCGCUUCCAGGAAUUCCCAUUCCCCCGGCAAUCAGCGACCUGUUAGCCCAACCAAAAGGGCAGCAAAAAAUUGGACCAAACUAUGAAAGAGUCAACUCAGAAGGUGGUCACAGGGACAACCAUGUUCAUAUCAUAUCACAGGUUAAAGAUGAUUUAAAAGAGGCCCAUGGUUCUCAUGGUGAAGAGAGUAGAAAGAAGGUCAUGAUGACACAUGAGCCAAUAAUUGGUAAGGAUCUGAGGAGACAACCAUUGUCACAUGUGUUACAAGCUAAUAAUUAUGUGGAAGAAAAAAAUGCUGCGCAUAGAACAAAAAUCGAAGAAAAUCUGAAUGAAAUAUCAGUGCCAUAUGGGUCAGAGAGUGACAACAAUUUUAAGAAAGUUUCAUUAAAUUUGAAGAAGAUCCUUGCAGCAUAUACAACACUGAAAGAUGAAAACCUUAAGGAAAUAUCAGUGUCAUAUGGAUCAAAAGUUGGAGAAGCCCACGAAAAAGUUUCAGGGUCAUAUAGGUUAGAAGGUGAAAAUAAUUCAAAAGAAAUAUCUCUGUCUUAUGGUAUAAACAGCGAUGAUACUCCAAAGGAAGAAUUGGCACAUGAAGAAAAUGUAAAGGAAAUCUCAGUGUCAUAUGGGUUAGAAGGUACAAAGUGUUUAAAGAAAGUUGCACUAAAUUUAAAGAAGAUCCUUGCAGCCUACACACCUUGGAAAGAUGGAAAUCUAAAGGAAAUAUCUGUGUCAUAUGGAUCAAAAGGCCAAAAGAUUUCAAAGGAAGCAUCAGGAAUAUCUGGGUUAAAAGGUCAAAAGGAUUUAAAAGAAAUCUCAGUGUCUUAUGGUGUUGAUGACCGUGAAAAUCUGAAGGAAAUAUCUGUGUCAUACAGAUCAAAAGAUCAAGAAACUCUGAAGGAACACUCAGGAUCAUAUGAGUUAGAAGGUGAAAAGGAGUUAAAAGAAAUCUCAGUGUCUUAUGGUGCAGACGGCCAUGAAAAUCGAAAGGAAAUAUCGGUAACAUAUGGAUCAAAGGACCAAGAAAUUCGCAAGGAAGCAUCAGGAUCCUACGGGUUAAAAGGUGAAAGGGAUUUAAAAGAAAUCUCGGUGUCUUAUGGUGUAGACGGCCAGGAGAUUCUAAAGGAAGGCUCCACAUCACACGAAGAAAAUUCAAAGGAAGUCAGUAUGUCAUAUGGGUCAGUUGAAGAGAAAGAUGAACAAGCCGACGUUCUGAAUCAAGUAAAAGGAGAGGGGAGCCACCAUGUUCACGCUCACAGCUACAAGAACAAGAAAGAGGCGGAUGUCUUUUUCUUCCACGACAUGUUGAGGCCAGGGUCCUUGAUCACUCCGACCAUCCCGCCGACCGCCUCCAUGCCGGCGCUUCUCUCCGGUGACGUCGCCGACUCCAUCCCAUUCUCCACGGAACACCUCUCCGACAUCAUCACGAUGUUCGCGCCGGCGUCACUCACGAUGACCAGAGAGAUACGGUGGACGCUGGACACUUGCGAGCACCCACGAACGCUCCCCGGCCAGAAAGCAGGCUGCGCCACCUCCUUGGAGUCCCUCGUCGAGCUGCCGGCGUCCCUCCUUGGGAGGGGCAACGUCCGUGCGUUCUCCGCCGUGGAUCUGCCCAUGGAUGGCCCGGGGACACCGGCGCUUAGGGGGAGGUACAACGUGACGGCUGCACGGAAGCUCUCCGGUUCAUCAUCUGAGGUCGUGACCUGCCAUGACCUGACCUACCCGUACUCAGUGUACUACUGCCACACGUCCAGGCCUACGUCUGCGUACAUGGUGACGCUGGCGAGUGUGGAGGAGGGUGCAUCUCCGACGACGAUGGAGGUCAUGGCCGUGUGCCACCUUGACACGUCAUUGUGGAGCCCGAAGAACUCGUUCUUUGAGCUGCACAACGUUAGGCCAGGUGAUGUGGCAGUGUGCCACUUCCUCACUAAGCUGAGCAUCAUCUGGGUGACCGUGGAUGAGCAUGCCGACGCACGGUAGAAGGGAGUGCUCACGCCCGGCCGCACCUACUUAUCUGCUCAUGUUAGCUAUAUAUGGCCUAUGGCAUGAAUACGAUGUAGACUGAUUGACGUGUAUCGAGAUAUGUGGUAUGAGAUAAUUGAGUGUUGCCAUCCGUGA